CAGUCGAGUCACAGAGACAGUCUUGUGCGAUAGCUGUACUGUACUUCGGCAUACUCGGCGAUUCUUUGGAAUCUUCGGAUCCGGGAUAGCCUCGCUUUCCACGGGGAAGUCGAUAUGCAAACGCCUAGCUGAUCGUUUACUUUCUUUCUUUGAAUGAGGUGGAGGGUCGACGUAUGGUAGAGAAUAGAACGGAGACUUGAUUCGUCAGAGUGUGCGAAGAUCUCUGGUGUAAUCUUCCCUGCAAAGUCCUUCUUGCUUUGUUGCGAGCGCGAACUCUCUCCAGCAUGUCUACGGAACAUCUCCUGGGCGAUAUUGGACAAGUCCUCUUGGCCCUUAUGGGCGUAGAGGAUCAGCCACGGCAAGAGGCAGAGACUCACCUGCGUCGUCUGACUGUCGAGGGGCCCGGAGAUGUCCUACUUGUCCUGGCCCAGAUUGGUUCCUUGGGAGUCGGAGGCUUCCAAUUGGACGAGCGCCUGCUCAGCUGUAUCCUUCUCUGCCGUAUGGCAUUCACCAACCUUCCUGGUUUAUUCCUGAACGACCAUCAUCAGAAUGUCUGCUCACCCUUCGAUACCAUUGCAGAGAGAACCAAAACGAGGAUUGAGAAUGUCUUAUGUGCGGGUCUUCGAGACGAAAUGAACGUUAGGAUGCGUAAAGGCUUGGGAAACUGUACUGGCAAAUGGGCAGCAGAGAGCUCUCUCCGACAGCGACCCUGUAUGACUAUCCCGCCAGUCAUUCUAGAGCUUACCACUUCCCCUCAUCCAUUUCAUCGAUUCACCCCUUUUCAACUGCUACAUUCCACUCCCACUUUACUGGUCGACUCCGUUUCCGACCCUUUGCCCAUUGAACAGGUCGGAGGUCUGCUUGUUGGAGGAUUGAAUGAUUCAAGUGUAGACGUACGCGUCGAAGCUCUCAAAGCUAUGUGCAGUUUGCUCAAAGAGGCAGUGACGGGUAAAGAAAGGGAGAUUAUAGGGUCGACAUUGGUUGGUCAAGCCUUCGAAGCUCUUCCCAAACUGCCCACCGAGCUGCUAUCCCACGCGCUGCUUCCUCUCGUGGACCUCUCGUGCCACUACCCUAAUCUGUUCAUCCCUUCCUUCCCUACUAUUCUGCCAUACCUCCUUUCGCUUAUGGCUCCUCCGUCAUCUGCCUUACCCAAUCACCCAUUCUUCCACUGCCAACCAGCGCAAAUGUCCUACGAUCAGUGGGAGGAGAUUGCCAACCCUGCCACGGAGAUCCUCUUGUCCCUCUGCGAGUUCCGGAAAGCCCAAGUAUUAGCCUGGGAGAAUGGACGCGCAGCAAGAGAGAUGGUCGGAUUAUUAAUGGCGAGAUUGGUCGUUGGGUUGAGUGAUCAAGGAGAGGAUUGCUUGGAUUGGUUAGAGGAGACUGAUCUUGACGAGGAGGACGAAUCCUACCCUGCUUAUCCUGAGGAGUGUCUGGACCGCCUGGCAGAGACAAUAGAUGGCACAUGUCUUCUUCCAGCCGUCUCAGAUCAAGUCCAGCCUUUGGUCAGACAUGGCGACUGGCGUUGUCGCUACACAGCUUGUGUGACGAUCGCAAGUGUGGCCGAGGGCUGUAUAGAGGAAAUCCGGCCACGGCUCCCUGAUGUCUUGAGCUUGAUCUCACCCCUUGCUAAGGACUCGCAUCCUCGCGUGAGGUACGGUUUCCUCCAAUGUCUCGGUCAGCUGUGCAGUGAUCUCGAGGGCCUCGUUCAAGCUGCUUAUCCUAAAGCCGUCCUGGACAUCUGUCUCGAAUUACUCAAAGAUCCAAUGCAUAGAGUUCAGACGCAUGCCGCCGCCUGUCUCUGCAAUUUCAUCGACCAGGCUGAUCUCGAGGUGUUUGUUCCUCACCUCGAUCGAAUCAUGGGUGUUCUGUUACCGAAUCUCAAUAUAGGGCCACCUUAUGUCGGAGAGCAGAUCUUGAAAACCAUAGCCAUUAUCUCGUCCAUUACAAAGGAGGCUUUCGCGAACUGGUAUCGCGGUGUGAUGGACAUCCUGCUUGAUCUUCUCUCCGCGGAUCUCGGGGACAACCUGCGCAAAACCCAAGCCAAGGCGGUGGAAUGCGCGUCUUCGAUUGGGCUCGCCGCUGGGAAGACAGUGUUCGCUGCAGACGCUGUCCGUCUCGCUGAAAUCAUGAUCAGCAUCCAGAAUGAUUGCAAGGAGCCGGAUGAUCCUAGAUCCGGUUAUCUGAUGGAAGGCUGGGCCAAUCUCGCUCGUGCCCUGGGCAAGGACUUUGCUCCUUUCUUGCCGCAUGUCAUCCCGCCUCUACUCAAGGCUGCUCAGUACAAACCUGUAAAUCGAGAACAGAAAUUGUCCCUCAUGUCGGAGGAUGAUGGUGACGAUGCGAUGCUGAGCUCGACGCAUCACUCUGAACUCGAUGAGAAGAUUCUAGCCUUUGACAACCUGACGGUCUACGCACAUACCAUGCGAGGUCAUUUCGAGCCUUGGUUGUCAUCUUGUAUGGCAACGACACUGGAAGCAUUGUCAUUUGGGUUCUCGGAAGAUGUGAGAGAGGCGGCGGCAUUCCUCGUCCCAGCUCUCCUACAAGUUGCCAAGGAUGCCCGUUCAUGGCAAGAGCAGCCUUAUCACCUCGAGCAUGUCUUCAAGACUGUCAUCAACGCCAUGUCAAAAGAGGUUGAUUUUGGUUAUUUGGCAUUACUCUACAAGUCAUUCACCGACUCUUUACACGUCAUUGCCACUCCCCUACCGCCGACCCUUCUCAAUCAUCUCCUGCGCGAAACUUCUGCUCAUUUGACUGACUUGCAUGGGCGGCGAGAGGACCGGCAAGUCUUGGAAACGCAGAUGGAUGAAGGGGACCGCGAGCUGUUCCUCGAAGAACAGGUCGACGAAGACGGGUGUCUUGAUCAUAUGGCAAAAUGUUUGGAUAUGGUUAUUCAGAUCGGAGGAUUAGAGCGAGGAGAUCAGCAUCGGAUAGGGGAGAUCAUGAGGUCAUGUGGGCAGGUCAGAGAUGAGGGGCUCAAAGGAUGAACGGUGAAGAUGGGCAUACAGCAUGGGGUUGGCACAUAAGUAGAGCAUUUUCGGGCUUACAUACGCAUCAUCUGAUAGACUAGCCGUGGG